AUGCCUCUCAUUAACACCACCGAAGUCAACGAGGACACUCGUGUCCUUGGAUACGACCCAUUGCUGUCGCCCUACUUCUUGCAGAACGAGCUCCCCGCGCCCGCUCGUGCCAUUGAGACCGUCCGCGCUGGUCGUAACCAAGCAGUCGAGAUUAUCGAGCAGCGCGAUGACCGCCUCCUGGUUGUCGUCGGACCCUGCUCCAUCCACGACCCCGAUACCGCUCUUGAGUAUGCCCGCCGCCUCAAGGAGCUCUCCUCAAAGCUGGAGAAGGACCUCUGCGUGAUCAUGCGCGCCUACCUCGAGAAGCCCCGCACAACUGUCGGCUGGAAGGGUCUGAUCAACGACCCCGAUAUCGACGAGACCUACAACAUCAACAAGGGUCUCCGCGUGUCCCGCAAGCUUUACAUCGACCUGACCAGCACCGGUCUCCCCAUCGCCUCCGAGAUGCUGGACACCAUCUCACCACAGUACCUGGCCGACCUGAUCUCAUUGGGUGCCAUCGGCGCCCGCACCACCGAGUCCCAGCUGCACCGCGAGCUGGCCUCAGGUCUCUCCUUCCCCAUUGGUUUCAAGAACGGCACAGACGGUAACCUGACCGUCGCCGUGGACGCCAUUGGCGCCGCCUCGCACCCCCACCGCUUCCUCGGUGUCACAAAGCAGGGUCUGGCUGCCAUCACCAAGACCGCCGGUAACGAGCACGGCUUCGUCAUUCUGCGCGGCGGCAACCGUGGCACCAACUAUGACCGUGACAACAUCCGUCUUACCCGCGAGUCUCUCCGCUCCAAGAAGCAGCGCGAGGUCGUCAUGGUCGACUGCUCGCACGGUAACUCCAACAAGAACCACCUCAACCAGCCCGUUGUCGCCAAGUCGGUCUCCGAUCAGCUCCGUGAGGGCGAGUCUUCUAUCAUCGGUGUCAUGAUCGAGUCCAACAUCUACGAGGGUAACCAGAAGGUUCCCCCCGAGGGACCUGAGGCUCUCCUCCGCGGUGUCAGCAUCACUGAUGCUUGCAUCAACUGGGAGAUGACUGUUGAGGUGCUUGAGGAUCUGGCCGAUGGUGUUCGUGCCCGUCGUGCUGCCCAGAAGGCCUCGCAGUAG